GCUAGGUUGAACGCUGGCCACGUGGCCAACGCCAUCCCUGUCACCGACAGAACCAGGUCCUGUAGUGUAUAUCGUUGUCAUUUGUUUCUUACCUUCAUGUCGCCAUAGCCGACGUCUCGACAUAUCUUUGGGGAGAGGGAGGUGGUCUCAGGAACCUGCGCACAUCUUCACCGGGGCAAGACGAAGAUGGCGUCGGUGACAGGGAUGACCGUUGCCACGUGGCGGGUGUAUAGCUUAGCUACGUGUCCGUCUCUCCGCGCUCCUUCUGGCGAUGGCGGCCAAGUAUACCAGAGAGAGGGAGGCGGCUUUUCGAGGGUGCUGACUUCUCCGUCAAUGGCGACGCAGCGAGGGAGACUGUCGUCGGACUCGGCUGCAGAACGAGCAGAGCUCCUCCUCAUCCCCGCGGCUAUGGCCGCGAGGGCAAUGCAAGAAAGCUGCGCGCUGUCCUCCGUCCAUCGCCGCUGCCUUCUGCACUCAGCGACGACGACCGAAGGGGGCAGCACCGCCAUAGCUGCCCUCAGUUCGAGCUUCGUCGACAAGCUAUGGAGGAGGUGCGGUGAGCUAGACGACACGAAGGGAGCUCAGAUGAACCUGGUCCUCGCGGCGGACCAGGCACGUCGUGAUCAUAGACGUUGGGCCGGUGGAAGGGGCUUGGCUAUGGCGGCCAUGGCAUCGCCCGACGGCACAGCGCUGAACGAGACGAGGGUGAGGAGGUUGGUAGCUAUGGCAGAGGACGGCACCACGCUGGGAGAGGAGACCAUCUCCACGAACUUGGCUAUGGCAGAGACGUCUGCGGCUUCUUCGCCGUCGGAUCUGGUGACAGCGAUGGACGGCAGGAGAAUGUCGCUAGUCUUCGUGGGAGCUGAGGCCUCUCCCUGGGCUAAGGUCGGCGGCCUGGGUGAUUUUAUGGGCGCUCUGCCACCAGCCCUCGCGACGCUUAUCUUGCUGUUAUAUAUUGGAGUGCAUGCCUUGCUGAAGGUGACAUCAUGCUUAAGGGUGUACAAAGAUGCUUGGGACACGCAGACAAUGGCUCAGGUCACCGUAGGAGGGAAGGUUGAGACUGUGAGGUUCUUCCAUGCGCGCAAGUGCGGAGUGGAUCGGGUCUUCGUCGAUCAUCCCCUCUUUCUCGAAAAGGCUGCAGUGCAAGCGCCGUUGCUUCUGAACCUGGCCAGCGAGAUCGGUCCCUACGGGGAGGACAUUACAUUCAUUGUAAACGAUUGGCAUGCGGCUCUGGUCCCUCUCUACCUCAAAAGCAGGUUUAAAUCGAGGGGAAUCUUCUCCGAUGCAAAGGUUGCGCUGUGUUUGCACAAUGUAUCGUUCCAAGGACUGUUCAGGGAAGAUCAGUACAGCCUUGAGUUUCUUGAUCUACCUAAAGAAUACUGCGCCGCCUUCAGUGAUGACCACAGCUGCGGCGCCGCCGAGCUUUGUGGUGAGGACGUCACGAUGAUGAAUUGGAUGAAGGCAGGGUUUGAAGAGUCCGAUCUGCUGUUGACUGUCAGUCCAACGUACGCAGAGGAGGUGUCGACAGACGGAUAUCUCGGGACGGGCCUGAAGGACCUUAUACGCAAAAAAGGAUUAAUUGGGAUCAUGAACGGCGCUGAUGUGACAGAGUGGAGCCCCGUGACCGACAAGUUCUUGAGCAUCCAAUACGACACUCAUACGGUGUUUGGGAUGAAGCCAUUGCUGAAGAAACAGUUGCAGGAGGAGGUGGGGCUGCCCGCUCAUCCAGAUGUGCCUCUGUUCGGUUUCAUGGGACGGCUGGUUGGACAGAAAGGGUCUGACAUCUUGGCAGCUGCAAUCUCAACCGUACUCCAGAGCGAUGCUAGCGACGCCCAAUUCCUCAUCUUGGGCACCGGUAAGAGCUGCUACGAAGAGGAGCUUCAGGAGCUCGAGGAGAAGUUCCCUACUCAGGUUGCAGUGAUGACUGUAUAUUGUGCCCGUCUUGCUCAUAUGAUGACAGCAGGGUGUGACUUUAUGGUCAUGCCCAGCCGCUACGAACCAGCAGGGCUCGUUCAGCUGCACGCCAUGCUCUAUGGCACGGUACCUGUUGUGUCCUCCACCGGUGGGCUUCUUGACUCCGUCCGUGACGGCGAGACAGGCUUGCAGAUCGGAAGACUCACCUACAAGGAGAAGCUCGAAGCUGGCGACAUUGCUAAGGUCGUAAGGGGGCUCACUCGUGGAAUGGAGGUGUACCGGGACCCAUCUCGAUUCCGAAGCAUGAUCCUGGCAUGCAUGUCACAAGACCUCUCGUGGAAGGGCCCUGCGCGAGCGUGGGAGCAAGCUUUGCUGAAGCUAUACACGGAAAAUAGCAGAGGCAUAGAAACCGGGAAAGUUUGUGGUGGACCAGCAGUCCAGGACCAGGCUUGGGAUGCUUUUCCUGCUGCAGUGGUAGGUCCUGCGGAGUACAUAGCAGUUAGUGGCCCUGCACUUCGAAGUUCUAACAGGACCAGUCACUUUCCCCAGACUUGAUUAGUAUGUUCAUCUAUGAAGGACACUUUAAGCAAGUUUUCAUUUUUCACUACUAGGCCGUGUAGGCCGACUUGUAUGACAGCUACCAGAGA